AUGAACCAAUCCCAGAAUAUCAGCAACCAAGCCGGCCAGGCCAAGGGCCAGGCUGAGGAAAAGGCUAGUGGCAUGAUGGACCAGAUGAGCAAUGCUGCCCAAUCUGCCAAGGAAUCAUGCCAAGGGGCUGGUCAGCAGAUGAAGGACAAGGCACAGGGAGCAGCUGAUUCUGUCAAGGAUGCAGUUGGAGCCAACAAAAAUUAA